UGCAUAUUAGGCGGGGAAUUCAUACCGCAUGCAAAAAUAUUCCGUUUGUCAUUCGUUUUCCAAUCAAUUGCAACGUGCCGAUUUCAACUUUUUACUUAUUUUGUGAAGAAAUUCGAAAGUACAAUGUCGCUUGCAUUUCAAAAUGCGGAUUCUGUUAAACAAGCGCUCUUCGAGGAGUUACAAAAUCUACUCAGCUCAGAUACAAGCGUAUUGCAGUCUGCCGAACAAAAGAUCAAGCACCUCGAAUAUACAGAGGGUUAUGGCGUCUACUUAUCGGAGCUUAUUAUGAAUCAGUCAUUUGACCUGCCACUGCGUCAAAUUGCCUGUAUUAUGCUUACGCGUUACGUGGAGAAUCACUGGAGUGAUAACGACGAUGUGGCUACAGAUCAAGCAAAGCGUACAAUACGAAAUAUUUUGCCGAAUGGAUUAUACGAUCCCAAUUCGAAGAUACGUUCUUCGGUGGCGCAUACUAUAUCAACAAUCGCCACGACCGACUGGCCAACAAUUUGGACCGAGUUAUUCGAUAUUAUAAUAAAAUGUUUGGGUGGCAAUGAAGACUCGAUUCAUGGUGCUAUGCAGAUACUAAACGACUUUUCGUAUGAUGAGAAGCAAGUCAAGGAGUUAGGGCCCGUUGUUAUUUCCGAGGUUUACCGUAUCUUUGAAUCGGAACAGAACUACAGUAUUAAGACGCGUACUUCAGCUAUACGUAUCUUGAAGUCACUCUUCUUGUCUAUUAGCAUAAAUAUUGCUGAUAAAAACGAGCAGGCAGCAAUGAUGAACUCAAUUUUAAACAAUUUCAUGGAAAAAUUAAUGCACUAUCUAUCAAUGAAUAGCGGAACUACUUCGAAUUUCAUGCUCCGAACAGAAAUUGUGAAAAUAUUAACAUUUCUAGUAACAGAAAUGCCGAAAUAUAUCCAACCUUACAUGGAACGCAUACUACCAAUUAUAUGGCAGCUACUCACACAAAUCGCAGAUGUUUACGUUAAAGUCACUGUUAAUCAAAUCGAGCACAAUCCUUUUCCUAUCUCAGAAUCUGCUGAAGACGAUGAACUCACAAACUUUUCGACAAUGAUUAUUCAAAUCUUUGAAUUUAUUCAAUGUAUUAUUUGUGCUGGAAAAUUCCGUUCUGUAAUCAAGAAUGUGUUAACCGAUUUGAUUUAUAUCGUAAUUGUUUAUAUACAAGUGCCUGAAGAACAGAUUGAAGACUGGAACGAAGAUCCCGAAAAAUUCGUGGAUGACGAGGAGGAAGGCGGUGUGGAAUUGACUAUUAGGCUGUGUGGCCAAGAUGUCCUCGGUGCCCUAUGUGAUGAGCUUGGUCCCAAAGUACUGCCAGCAUUACAAGAAGCUCUCGGUCGGCAUAUGAAUGUAGCGGAGGCUGAAAAAACUGCUCGCAACCCAAAUUGGUGGAAAAUUCAAGAAGCUUGCAUGGUGGCUGUGCAUUCAUAUCGCGAACUUAUACUUGAGACUGAAGACCAAUUCGAUUUAUUGAACUACCUUAAGCUCGUUCGCAAUUUGCUGAACUGUCAGGACUCUGCUCCUUUGGUCGGACGUGCCUUGUGGACGCUUAGCACUUAUUCGAGAUCAAAACUUUACAACCCACAGAUGUUGGAGGAGAUUUUGGUAGCAACGAUACAAAGCUUGUCAUCUGAAAAGCCCAUAAUAUUGAAGAUAAGUGCAGUGAGAGCUAUCCAUGGAUUUGUGCAAGCACACCAAAAGUCGGAAGGUGAUAAGCGCACUUUGAUUCAGGGAAAACUACCCGGUUUUGUUGAUGGAAUUCUAGAGAUAAUACCUGGUUGCAAAUCAUCAGUGCUAACACUUGUUUUGGAGUGUUUGACUACCAUCAUAACGUUUGAUCCAUCGUUUGCUGCUCAGGCACAAGUAAAACUCAUUCCUUUAGCGAUCGCAGUGUUCUUGAAAUACCCCGAAGAUCCGUAUAUUUUGGAAAUCGUGCAAGAUCUUAUUAAAGCACUCUUACAAAAUCCGAUGUGUUUGCAGCCACUGCAGGAAAAAUUCAUACCGACUAUUGUUAGUAUCCUCUCGUUGCAAGGCCAGCAAGCAAACACCGCCAAGCAAGACAUUGCUUUAGAUGUUUUAACAACGAUUGUGCGAUAUUCAAAAGCGCCAUUGUCAGCAGCGCUGGUGGAGAAUUCGUUCCCCGCAAUGGUGCACUGCGUACUGCGUUCGGACGAUAAUGCCGUAUUGGUGUCUGGCGGCGAAUGCUUACGCGCUUUUAUAUUUGCUUCUCCCGAGCAGAUAUGCUCAUACAAAAAUGGUGAAGGCCUGAACUACAUCAUGCAAUUGACCACAAUGUUGCUGAAUCCGAUGAACAACGAAAUGACUGCUGGCCAGGUCGAUCGUUUGGUCAUUACCAUCAUCACAAAAAUGGGCAAUAUGCUGGGCGAGAAUGUAGAUCUAAUUUUAAAGGCUGUAAUCAGUAAAAUGCAACUUGCGGAAAGCUUAAAAGUGAUAAUGAGUUUGGUGGUGAUAUUUGCGCAUCUCUUCCUCACACAAAUGGAUGCAGUACUGAAUUUCCUAUCGACUGUGCCCGGCCCCACAGGCGAACCUGCUAUGCAAUUCGUGUUCAGCAAUUGGUUAGCGCGACAAACUUCCUUUUUUGGAGCGUUUGAACGAAAGGUGACAACGAUGGCACUUUGCAAACUUUUCGAAUACGGUGUGACCACGCAAGAUAAUCGUCUUACUUCCAUCACUGUUAAGGAACAAGUUAUAUCCGAUUCGCCUAGCACGCGCGUGAAAACCAGAUCACAAGCGGCGGCUGCCCAACAGUGGGUUACCAUACCGGCGCUAGUGAAAAUAUUUAAACUACUUGUAAAUGAGCUGGCUCAUUUGAAAGAAGCAAAUCUCGCCGAUUACGAUGAAGAAUCUGAAGACGAUGACGAUCCGUCUAGUGGUGCAGGCGGCGAUAAGCCCUCUGGAAAUUCGCCACCAAAGCCACGCUUUAUAUCCGACUUGUAUUUCAAUGAAGACGAUGAGGAGAACACCGACGACGAUCAACUUACCCAAGAGCUAAUGAAGAAUCCGUUAUUCCAAACAAAUAUGGAGGAAAAUCUUACGAAAUUCUUGCAAAACUUCUCCAACAAUGAACAUUUCGGUAUGUUCGUGAGCCAUUUAAACGCAGCUGAAAAGCAAGUGCUCAAGUCUAUACAAGUCGAUGUAGCCUGAAAAACCCCAAUCUACAUACUCAUCGCCAACUGAAAACACAUAUACAUUUGCAUAUUUUUAUACUACUCAUAAAUACGAAAAAUAAUUGCAUAGCUGCAUCGAUUUCUGUUCAAAAAUGCUGUUGCUCAUUGCAUUAUUUUCAUAAGUAAUUUAACACUUCAUAUUUAUUUUUGUUUUUAACACUCAUAUGUACGUUAUUAUAUACAUUUAAUACUUGUUUGUUUCUCACGGUAUCCGAUGGCACAUGCAGAAGCAUUAAUUAGCCGAUAUCGAGCAAGUAGACCAAUAAAAAACAAAAAAUAAAUCAUUAAAUAUUCCAUUUUGGAA